GUCAAACAGUUGUUUGCUAUUUUCCUGCGAAAAAUCGCUUUUCUGUUUGUCGGCGUUACCAAUCCGGAACUUCGCUUUUCUCUCAAAAAACCUUGCUCAUUCAAGCAAGAUUCCGGCGACACGCAACUAAAGGCAUCUUCAUGAGUUCGCAUACCUGACGAAAGCAUAAAGUCCCAACCAAGAUGGACCGCGGCAAGAUGACGUCUGCGGGCCGCGGCGCCAAGUCCAAGGCGCCGCAGCAUCCGCAGGACAUCUUCGCGCUGGGCAGCAAGUCCACCGUGGUCGUUAACAGGGACUCUGAAAAACGGAACAUCCACAAACCCUCUACCAGCGGCGUCGAACGCAAGCGUGAGACCGCUGGCUUUGGCAGCCAACCACCAAGCAAGAGAGCGAGGAUCGGAUCUCCUGCAGAGGCUGUCGGAGGGACCUCCCUGGAAGUCGACCCUGUGGACCUGGUGCCCAAUGUGCUGCAGGCCCUGGACACACACAACUCUGACAAACUGCUUGGCCUCCUGACUGGAUCGAUUCGCCUACUGAAAUCCCAGCGCUCUAAACCGGACCCGAUUCUCUGCAUGAGUAUGCUUUACCUCACCAAGAUACGUCCCAACAUGUUUGCCCAUGAGACCGUCACUCAGAGCUUGUGUACACUCCUGAAGAGAGAGCAAGGUGCGGCUUUCAAGAGCAAGGGGAACCCGCUGGUGUUUGUGCUGGCUUGCAAUAUGCUGUACGCAGGGCACAAAGAGAGUAACAACUGGCCAGAUACGUUUAUAAAGGUGUACAUUGAAGACGCUUUAAAUGAGCGCUGGUGGGUAGAAUGUUCCUGGUGCAAGUGUUUGGUUGAAAACAUCGUCACGGCAUUCAACACGAAACACCCACCACCAUACCUCAUACCAUCUGAAAAUACACUUGGUACAAUGUCACCUUCUGGCUCUGGUUCUCCAUUGAUGGGCAGCACUGAUGAUGACACUGAUAAUACCGAACUAGAGUAUUCCGUAUUUCCGAGAUAUUCCAGUAGCUAUGAAACAGUGGAGGCGUUGGUGCUGGAAGCCAUCAAGGAGCAGAUAAUCCGCCGCGCAGCCCCUGAUGCCAUCCAUCGCGGGUUCCUCAAGCUCCUGGCUGCUACUUGCGGUUUUCCGGAGAUCCGCAUGAUAUCCGCAUCCCGGCUGGAAGCGUGGCUGCACUCGGGCAAGCUGUGGCGCUGCGCCCAGGAGCUUCUAGCCUACGUGUGCUGCAACGCCGACGCCUGCGGGCCCACCGCGGCCCGCGACCACGAGGUGCUGGCGCAGCUGGCGCGCAUGCGGCUCAAGACCAAGCCGCUGCAGGCCGCCUACCAGGCCUGCCUGAGGUACUUUACUGCACGCCGACGCCUGCGGGCCCACCGCGGCCCGCGACCACGAGGUGCUGGCGCAGCUGGCGCGCAUGCGGCUCAAGACCAAGCCGCUGCAGGCCGCCUACCAGGCCUGCCUGAGGUACUUUACUGCACGCCGACGCCUGCGGGCCCACCGCGGCCCGCGACCACGAGGUGCUGGCGCAGCUGGCGCGCAUGCGGCUCAAGACCAAGCCGCUGCAGGCCGCCUACCAGGCCUGCCUGA